CUUCCGUUAGAAUCCAUGCCGCAAGUGGUUUCAGUGACAGAACGGCCUGGUUUGUAAACAUAGUUCCGAGUACUGAUUUUUUUACGCGUUUUGGAUUUGCAAAGCAGACGAUGUGGUGAGGCAAGAUUUCCUGCAUAGCAGUAGGAUCACCUUAAAUUAUAUAAGGCAUAUGCUGCAUUCUGACACCUGGCUCCAUGUGUUAGUGAGUGGCAGACGCAUGUGUGGGGCUGUCCUGCAUUUCCUUAAUUUUGUAUUUGCCGAGACUUGAUGCGUCUGGGAGUGUGAGACAAGCUCGAUGUUGCACUAUUUAUCCAUGGUUUGGCGCCGUAUUUUGAGAAAGCGCUGGGUGCUAGGGAUCGUACUUGGUCUAUCUAUUAUUUAUUUUCUUACUAGCACCUUUAAACAGGAAGAAACAACGGUAAGAGACAGGUCUUUGCUUCAGGCACGAGAUUCUGGUCAUCCAAUACAUUGGAAGGUGAGAUUUAACCUUGGAAAUAGCAGUCGAACAAGCAGUCAGUGCCGGAACUCCAUUCAGGGAAAACUCCUUAUAACAGAUGAAAUGGGGUACGUUUGUGAACGAGCAGACCUGCAAGUGAAUGGAUGCUGCACUGUUAACGUGCUCAGUUCUAAGCAAUAUUCAUGCAAUAGUUGCUUGCCCAAUGGAUGUUGUAGUGUAUAUGAAUACUGCGUCUCCUGCUGCCUGCAGCCAGAUAAGCAACCUCUUCUUGAACAUUUCUUAAAUCGGGCUGCAGCAGCCUUUCAGAAUCUUUUUACAGCAGUUGAGGAUCACUUUGAACUUUGUCUGGCCAAGUGUCGGACAUCUUCACAGAGUGUCCAGCAUGAGAACACAUACAGGGACCCCGUGGCAAAGUUUUGUUAUGGUGAGAACCCUCCUGAGCUACUUCCUGUAUAAAAUGGAUAUCAAGGGCGAUGCUCUUUACUCCAGACAUUAUCCAGACUUUUUUGUAAUGUGGCUCUCACUAGUUGCUUGAAUCCUGGACCUUGUUAGGAAGCCUCUCAUAAGAGCAUUACCUCACAUGUUGAUUUGCUGCAUCGGGCAUUAAGAAGAUUUAACUGAGAGCAGAGGACAUCCUUUCCUGUAGCAGUUAACACAUUUUAUGAGUCACCUGGAUAUGUGGGUUGUAUUGUAGAAAAUUAAAUUGAAUGCCUUUGAAAAGUAAACCAGAACAGUCAGAUGAUGACAUCAUUAUGUACCACACAAGUGACUUUAACUGCAAAACCUCUGCCCUUUAUAGCACACAAUAUCAAUAUUAGUAGCUGGAAAGUGAGGAAUAGAAUACCAUUUACCUGCAUGCGUGAAACUUGUACAAAUGGCAGCAGGAUUUUUAUUUUUAUUUUUUUUGGAUCCAGCAUUCACAAAUGAGGACAAACUGUUUAAAUGUAAUAGCAUAUAAGGGUUUGUAUAUGCAUUUCUUCAGUAAAGAAGACAGGUGACAGUGAUAUUCUGCCCCAUUUCUGAACAUAAUUUAUCAAAUGCAGUGUGCUUUUGCUGUAGCCAGAGACAAUAUCUUUAUUUAAAAGCUAAAAUGAUAGUGUCGUUCUUGCUGAACCAACACUGAUGAAGUAAAAAAUGUAAUUGUGCGUGAAUUAAUUAGUUCUGUUUAUAGGAUUUUUUUAAGACGUCUGAAAUUCCAGUUGGUGAGUUCAGAGUAGUAACUUCAUUAUGCCAAUAAAGACACAUGCCUUCCAAAAGAAUGGCUACAGAAGCGUUAUAUAUAGAAAUGACGAAUGAGAGGAGGCAAACUAAGAUCCCAAGUCUUAAGCCACAUAGACCUGAAUCACUACAGUAGUCAUGGUUAUCAACUCUGUUAAGAUUUCAGGGGUUAUAUUUGUCAUAUAUUUAAUUCUAAGAACAUUACUGAAAAUUGAUAUUAUGUAAAAGCACUUCAUUAAUUUCACUAAAGCUGAGAAUGAUUGUCAGGUGGUGCUAGUAGCUAGAACAAAAUCUGUUUAAUCUGGUGCUGGUGGGUUAUUUGACCACAUUGUAACAUUUGUAUUUCAGACUGCAUUUUUGUUGCAGUAGAAAUGCUUUUGAGGAGCUAACUGUUACAGCACUUCUGUAGCAGAAUAUCAAAAGCUUGAAUUAUUUGUCAGUCACUGUUCUCAUAUUUAAUUUUAGGAAUUAUAUAACAUAAAAAAUAACCGUUUUAGUUGUCUCUGAAUUCUAGAAACAAGGUUAUAGGUAGCUUCACUGCUUUGACAAGAAGUACCCAAGAAAAGCCGUGCAGUAUGAAAAAUAUCAGCAAAAGGCAAGGGUUACAAGACAUGUCAGCUAAUUCCUUCAGAUUCUUUACUUAUUUCAGGCAAAUUAUUAGGCUAUCCCAGAAAAAUAGAAAAUAUCACAGAGAAAUGAAUGUAGCUUAAUUUAAGAUUGCAGUACUGCCGCCGAAACUUGGAGUGUUAAAUGUCUUUGGAAAAAUAUUUGCUUCUGUCAUUUAAAUAAAAUAAACUGAAAUGCACUUUAAUGCUGGAAAAUGUAACUCCAGGUGCUGUUAUUCUCUGUAUUAAAAUAAUAUAUUUAAUUUCUGUAA